AGCAGCGCUUUCUCCCUCUACAAUCUAAACAAUGACUCCUACUACAGAGCGGAGGAAAUCAAUCCAGUAGAAUGCGUUACACAGCACCAAAAAACUAUUUUCCAUUGCUGUUCCGACCCCUCACUUAAAUGUGCCGACCGUAACCAUGUGGAUACCCACAGAACACGAGAAAUACGGCGUCGUGCUGGCCAGUUUCCGAGGGACGGUCCAGCACGGCCUCCCGCUGGAGAUUGGAGACACGGUGCAGAUCCUGGAGAAAUGUGAAGGCUGGUACCGCGGAUUCAUCCUGAAGAAUCCAAACACCAAGGGCAUCUUUCCAUGCAGCUACAUCCACUUGAAGAACGCCCACAUCAAGAAUAAAGGGCAGUUUGAGACGGUCAUUCCAACAGAAGACUCGGUCAUCACCGAGAUGACGUCAACAUUGCGAGACUGGGGUGCCAUGUGGAAACAGCUCUACGUGAAAAAUGAGGGGGAUUUGUUCCACCGCCUUUGGCACGUGAUGAAUGAAAUCCUGGACCUGAGGAGGCAGGUGCUGGUGGGUCACCUCACCCAUGACCGCAUGCGGGACGUCAAGCAGCACAUCACAGCGAGAUUGGACUGGGGCAACGAACAGCUUGGCUUGGACCUGGUCCCCAGGCGAGAGUUCAGCAUGGUGGACCCGGAUGAAAUCAGCGUCACAGAGCUCUACAGACUGAUGGAACAUCGGCAUCGCAAGAAGGAGACCCCCGUGCCCGCCAGCACCCAUCACCUGUUUGUCCACAUGAAGAGUCUGAUGAGUGCCAAUCUGGGGGAGGAGCUGGAGGUCUUCUUCCACAUCUACGACGGACGGGAGAACCGCCCGCUCAGUGAACGGUUCUUUGUCAGGCUGAAUAAGAGCGGGGUGCCCAAGUCGCCAGAGAAGACAGAGAGACAAUGCACUCUUUUUGUGGAUCUGGGCAGCAGUGAUCUAAGAAAGGAUGUCUACAUUGUUGUACACAUCAUAAGAAUAGGGAGGAUGGGAGCGGGCGAGAAGAAGAACCUAUGCAGUGUACAGUACAGGCGGCCGUUCGGCUGUGCUGUAGUCAGCAUUGCAGAUCUCCUCACUGCUGACUCCAAGGACGACCACCUGCUCAAGGUUUAUGCGUGUAACACAGAGAGUGAGUGGUACCAGAUCCAUGAGAAUAUCAUCAAGAAGGCCAAUUCGAGAUACAACCUGUCUGGCUCCAACACCGGCCUGGCAGUGGCUCUCCAGCUCCUCCAUGGGGACAUAGAGCAGCUGAGAAGGGAGUACAUGGUCCUCUUCACCAGGGGUGUGUCCAUCACCAGGAAACUGGGCUUCUCGGAUGUCAUCAUGCCAGGGGAAAUGAGGAACGACCUCUACAUCACGCUGGAGAAAGGAGAGUUUGAGAAAGGCGGGAAGAGUGUGGCCAGGAAUGUGGAGAUCACCGUGUACGUGCUGGAUCUUGACGGACAGAUCCUCAAGAGUCACGUGGCUGCUGGCUCUGGCGAACCUGGUGGGGAUGAGUACCACUCUCUGGUGCUGUACCACAACAACAGCCCUCGCUGGGCGGAGCAGAUCAAGCUGCCCAUCCCGGUGGACAUGUUUCGGGGAUCGCACGUGCGGUUCGAGUUCCGACACUGCUCCACUAAAGACAAGGGAGAGAAGAAGCUGUUUGGCUACUCCUUCGUUCCUCUGAUGCAGGAGGAUGGCAGGACUCUACCAGAUGGCACCCAUGAGCUCAUCGUCCAUAAGUGUGAGGAGAAUGCCAACUUGGCGGACUGUUCCCGCUAUCUUAAACUGCCGUUUUCCAAGGCCAACCUCCCGUCCAACAAUCAGACACUGAAAGGCUCCAAGGAAUCCUUCUGGAUCACCAGCUUCCUCUGCUCCACCAAGCUCACACAGAAUGGUGAUAUGUUGGACCUGUUGAAGUGGCGAGCCCACCCAGAGAGGAUCAACGACAGCCUCUCCAAGCUGAAGGAGAUCGACGGCUCUGAGAUUGUCAAAUUUCUACAGGACACCCUCGACACCCUCUUUGGUAUUCUCGAUGAAAGCUCCCAGAGAUAUGGCCUCAAGGUUUUCGACUCGCUGGUCCAUAUCAUCAACCUCCUCCAGGACAGCAAAUUCCAGCACUUCAAACCAGUCAUGGACACCUACAUCGAGAGCCACUUUGCUGGAGCUUUAUCCUACAGGGACCUGAUCAAAGUGCUGAAGUGGUAUGUGGACCGCAUUGUUGACGCAGAGCACCAGGAUCACAUCCAGCAGGUGCUCAAGGCCAGCGAAUACAUCUUCAAAUACAUCAUCCAGUCCCGUCGGCUCUUCUCGUUGGCCACGGGCGGCCAGAACGAGGACGAGUUCCGCGUCUGCAUCCACGAGCUCUUCAUGUCCAUCCGCUUCUUCCUCUCCCAGGAAAACAAGGGCACCAGCCCCGUCACACAAACACAGGCGGUGUUCCUGCGGACAUUUCCUGCAAUCUACGGUGAGCUGCUGAAGAUCUUCACAGUGCGGGAGGUGGCCGGCUUUGUCAGGGAGACGCUGGGCAGCCUGCCAGCGGCUGUUCACGCUGAGUGCCCCCUGGAGGCUGUCAAACUGCAGUGCAUUGCCAAAACAGUGGAGAGCCAGCUUUACACUAACCCAGAGUCACGAUGCGUCCUGCUCCCGGUGGUGCUCCGCCUUCUCCAGGCCCACAUGCAGGAACAGAGAGACCUGGUGAUGUGUGCCCGCAUCCUCACCAGCAUGCUCUCCCUCAUCAAGAAGGAGGAAAAUGGCACAGCGGAGCCGGUGGUGUCUGAGGAGGUGGAGCUGAUUGUGGAGAGCCUGCUGGGAGUUUUACUGCGGACCAUCCUGGAGAUCACCAACCGCCCCCAACCGGCCGGACCCGCCCUGAGACUGCAGUUCCAGGAUGUCACUGGGGAGUUUGUGGCGUGCCUGCUAGCCCUGCUGCGACAGAUGAGUGACAGACACUACCAGCAGCUGCUGCAGGCCUUCAGCAACAAAGACGACCUGAGGGACUUCCUCCUUCAGAUCUUCACGGUGUUCAGGAUCCUGAUCCGACCAGAGAUGUUCCCCAAAGACUGGACUGUCAUGCGGUUGGUCACCAACAAUGUCAUCAUCACAACUGUCCUCUAUCUGUCUGAUGCUCUGCGAAAAAACUUCCUCAAUGACAAGUUUGACUACAAGGUGUGGGACUCCUAUUUCUACCUGUCUGUAAUAUUUAUCAACCAGCCCUGUCUUCAACUGGAGUCCUUCUCUCCCUCCAAGAGGAAGAAAAUACUGGAGAAGUAUGGAGACAUGAGGGUCAUGAUGGGCUGUGAGAUCUUCAGCAUGUGGCAGAAUUUAGGAGAACACAAGCUCAACUUCAUCCCGGCCAUGAUUGGUCCAUUCCUGGAGGUGACGCUGGUGCCCCAGCCUGACCUGAGAAAUGUCAUGAUCCCCAUCUUCCACGACAUGAUGGACUGGGAGCAGAGACGCAGCGGCAACUUCAAACAGGUGGAGGCCAAGCUGAUAGACAAGCUGGACAGCCUGAUGUCGGAGGGCAAAGGAGAUGAGACCUACAGAGAGCUCUUCAACAGCAUAAUUCCUCUGUUUGGUCCGUACCCUAGCCUGCUGAAGAAGAUUGAGAGAGAGACGUGGAGGGAGAGUGGGAUCUCUCUGAUUGCAACCGUCACUCGCUUAAUGGAGAGAUUGCUAGACUAUAGGGAUUGCAUGAAGCUGGGAGAGGUGGAUGGUAAAAAGAUCGGAUGCACUGUCAGUUUACUGAACUUCUACAAAACUGAGCUGAACAAAGAGGAGAUGUACAUCCGCUACAUUCACAAACUCUAUGACCUGCAUCUGAAAGCACAAAAUUACACAGAGGCCUCAUACACCCUGCUGCUGUAUGAUGAACUCCUGGAAUGGUCAGAAAGGCCGCUAAGAGAGUUCCUCAACUAUCCCAUGCAGAGCGAGUGGCAGAGGAAAGAGUAUCUGCAUCUCACCAUCGUCCAAAACUUCGACAGAGGGAAGUGUUGGGAGAAUGGCAUCAUCUUGUGUAGAGAACUGGCUGACCAGUAUGAGUCUUACUACGACUACAGGAACUUGAGCAAAAUGAGGAUGAUGGAGGCCUCCCUCUAUGAUAAGAUCAUGGACCAGCAAAGACUUGAACCUGAAUUCUUCCGAGUCGGCUUCUACGGAAAGAAGUUCCCCUUCUUCUUGCGGAAUAAGGAGUUUGUGUGCCGCGGCCAUGACUACGAGAGGCUGGAGGCUUUCCAGCAGCGGAUGCUCAAUGAGUUCCCCCACGCCAUCGCCAUGCAGCAUGUCAACCAGCCUGACCAGACCAUAUACCAGGCAGAGGCUCAGUACCUGCAGAUCUACGCUGUGACGCCCAUCCCAGAGAGCCAGGAUGUGCUGCAGAGAGACGGGGUGCCCGACAACAUCAAAAGCUUCUACAAGUUUAAUCACAUCUGGAGGUUCAGAUACGACCGGCCCUUCCACAAGGGCACCAAGGACAAGGAGAAUGAGUUCAAGAGCCUGUGGGUCGAGAGGACAACACUCACUCUGGUUCAGAGUCUUCCGGGCAUCUCCCGCUGGUUCGAAGUGGAGAAGAGAGAGCUGGUCGAGGUAAGCCCGCUGGAGAAUGCCAUCGAGGUGAUCGAAAACAAGAACCUGCAGCUGCGGACGCUGAUCACCCAGUGUCAGAGCCGACAGAUGCAGAACAUAAAUCCCCUCACCAUGUGCCUCAACGGGGUCAUCGACGCCGCUGUCAAUGGAGGGCUGGCCCGCUACCAGGAGGCUUUUUUUGUGAAGGACUACAUUAUGAAUCACCCCGAGGACGGGGACAAGAUCGGUCGACUGAGGGAGCUCAUGUUUGAACAGGCGCAUAUCCUGGAGUACGGGCUUGCUGUGCAUGAGAAAUUUGUUCCCCAAGACAUGAGGCCUCUGCAUAAAAAAUUAGUGGACCAGUUUCACCUGAUGAAGUCCAGUCUGGGCAUACAGGAGUUUCCGGCCUACGUGCGCGCCAGCCCCGUGCACUUCACCAACGGAAGCCCACGCACAUGCAGAAACUCUGUGCCCAACAUCAUUAGUCCAGAAGGUGGCAGAGGGGUUGCCAGGCGCAGUCCCCUCAGCUACCCCGCCGUGAACCGCUACUCCUCGUCCUCCCUGUCGUCUCAGGCCUCCAACGAAGUCAGCAACAUCACCGGGCAGUCGGAGAGUUCGGACGAAGUCUUCAACAUGCAGCCCAGUCCAUCUACCUCAAGCCUCAGCUCCAACCAUUCUGCCUCGCCCAAUGUCACCAGCUCAGCCCCCUCCAGUGCCAGAGGUUCGCCCCAGAUGGCCGACAAACACAAGCAUUCCAGAGAAAACGCCUGUCUGUCUCCACGAGAGAGACCAGUUAGUGCCAUCUUCCCUAAUCCCCUGGACCCUGCACAGCGAGCCCCUCCUCAUCAGAUAGGUGAUACCACCCUACCAAGGAGCGACCCCAACCUCUCAGCACCAGACAAAGUGAGACCUACGCCCAGUAGCUGGAGCCUAGACAGUGUCAAAGAGGGCGCUCCGUACUUCUCUGACUCUGUUGGCAAAUUGCUAUGCCCCCCUGUCCCUCCUAGGCCACCAUAUUCAGUAGGUUCUUCAGCUAAGAACAUGAGGUCGCAGUCACCUGUUCCCACUUCCAGAUCGCCGCAGAAGACCACGGCGCCACCUUUCACUCCUUCGCCCACCGAGUGCCAGUCUGCCGGUCUGGUGUCAAACUCCCCCGUCCUCUCCGGCAGCUACAGUAGUGGCAUCUCCUCCCUCAGUCGCUGCAGCGUCUCGGAAGCCUCAGGCACCGAGUUGCCUGCAGGUGACCACCCUACCCACCCCCUGCCCCCACCCGCCACCAUGCCAAACUCCGUCUCCAGCAGCUCAGACGAGCCAAUCCGCAGAGAGAACAAGACGCCACCCCCCUACAGUGUGUAUGAGAGGAACAACCCUCGCAGACCUGUGCCGCUGCCCCACAGUCUGUCAAUCCCGCCCCAGACGGACCCUCCGGCCCUGCCGCCCAAGCCUCAUCAGCUCCGCACAGGCAGCAUGAAGCUGGACGCAACCUCUGACCCCCGAGUCCCCAGACCCAGGCCUCUGCCCAGGAAGGUCUCCCAGCUAUAGGUGCUGGUUCUGGGCUAUGGAUAUAGAGCGAGGGUCUGGGCUGGUAGUAUGGAAUGGAAAAAACACACUGGCGCAUUUUGCACUUUUCUACUGGGCACUCACUUGCUUUUUUUUAAGUUCAGUUUGGCUCUCCUGACCAAUAGUCCAAUGAAAGACACAGACCUACAGUUUGACAGGCAGUCAAAAACUGGAGAGACUGUCAAACUCUGCAAGUCUCUUUUUGUAUUUACAAGAGGGCAUUGCAUUGACUUUGUCAUUCCGCACUUUUAGCUCUAGUAUGUACCAUAGAUCACCAUGGUCAAUCUCAUAACAUGUUUACCAGAACUUCUAAAAAAAAAAAAAAGACAGUUUUGAUAGAUGUAAUAAUCCCAAUAUAUGUAUAUUGGUAUAUAUGAGAAGUGUUUUUGCCUUAAGUAUUGGAAACAGAGUCUUUUAGCCGUGAGUCUUGCACGUUUUUUUUAAGUACUCUGUACUUUUGUAUACUGUAUGGCUAAAAAGGUGCUAGAGGUCUCGCGUAUGCAUUUCAGUGAAGUGUAGUAGACAAGGGUGUGUUCUCAUAGUCACGUCCACACUGGCAAUAGAAUGUCAAUUUGAAAGAAAAAAAAAGAAAAGAUCUUAGCACCUUGAAUCUGUGCUAAAAAAAA